AUGGUGAAGCUUUAUCUCUUUACGCUCUCCCUCUUUUUCUGUUCCAUUUCUGGUUUAAGCUGCCUAGACAACACUGGAACUGCUGUUCCUUGGUUUACCUUUAUCAAGCCACCAAAAACCGCUUAUGUGCCUCCAAUGUACGGAAAGUCCUAUUCUUUUCUGUCCCCAAAUCAUAUGACAGCUGAAAUAAACUCGCUUCCUCUCAACAGCUCUUCCCCAAUAACUUAUACCCUAAACCAAUUCAACACUGACAGCUCAAUUUCCGUUGUAUUUUUUAAGUAAUUGAUAUUUAGUGACGAAGUCCCUCCAAAUAACACGAAUCCUAAUCAAUAUGCAUCAUUAAUAUGGUGGCAACUAAAUAUGUUUUUGACGAAUGCACCGCUGAAAAAAAGUCAUUUUAUAGCCUGAACCUUUUUAACUUCAACCUUUAGCCUGCUUGCUUAUUGGCCGUAUGGGGCUAUUUUGGGAGCCAGCGAGUAGUAAAUUCUUGACCAGGGAUCUAUUCAGUUGGUUGUUGGGCUAAAGCUUUUUCAUCCAAACUCAUAAGGCGUAAUUCUUUUUACUGGGUGUCAUCUCGCCUCAAGGCAGCCGUAGGAGGUAUCGCAAGCCUUUAUUUCCAUUGCAAAGGCAGAGCAGCCUUCAUAAUUCGUGAAAUUCUUGGGAUUAGUGAAGCCUUGAUCUAAGAGGAGAAAGUUGUUCCAAUAGCAGCUGAAAUUUCCGCCUGACAAGCAGGUUGGCGCUUAUCAGAAGUAUGUGGAGGCAUAAAAUCUGGAAUAAUUAAAAACUCUCUUAAUUUAAUUUAAUCAAUACUCUGGGCAUACUAAAGGAGUCCUGGCUUAUACGUCAACUCAAGCUAUUUAUAUUAUUCACUCCUUUCCCAAUUUCCCUUUUUAUAACUCAACAACUGGGAAAGUUUUAUGACGUAAUAGGAAUUUUGCCGAGAAUUUUUAUUCAAAAGAUUUUAUUAAUUUAUAUAAUAAAAAAGCUUGGAAGCUGCCCGAAAAAAAGUUUAAUAGACAAUAUUAGAUAUAUUUGACUCUGAGGUAGAAUACGGCCAAAAUUUAAUGUGUGUCCAAAUAACACCUCAGACGCUAUUUUAUUUGGCAGGAAUUAUGACUAUAAAUUCACCUAGGGUUUACUAUAGCAAAAUUGUGACCCCUAAUACCAACAUUACCCUGAUGAUCCAGAAUAAAACAAACCUCCAAAUAACAAGUGCUACGUAUAGUUUUACAGUUGGGACUAAUACUUUUACAUAUAUAGCCAGAUCAGCUGCUCUCCAAAAGGAUUUCUGGGAAGACGUUGUGUCAAAAUAUUAUAAUGAUGGAUUUUAUGUACAGUCUUGGGGAAGACCUUAUAUGCCAGGAUAUUGCCCACCUGAUGAGACGUAUACAAACCUUAAUAUUGAUAAUCUUGGUAUUGGAAAAUAUUAUUGGUAUGGGUAUAAUGACCAUUCUAAAUGGGGAAUUGGCAUAACAACCACUGUGCUGUGCUAUGCUGAUUUAAAUAGAAUGUAUAGCCAAGCCAAUAGAGGCGGUGGAGGGCUCUGUACGAAUUAUCCAUCUCUUUAUGCACUCCAUAAAGCAUUUGAUGAAGGAAAUGAUGCUUGUGGAAGUACUCUUCAGAAAAAAUUUAAAAUUUAA